ACUCAGCUACCGGCAGAUUUAUCGUACGCAUCACAUCACGAAAAAUAUCAUCCAAUAAUCCUUCAAUUAAGAUAACCGUUAUACAGGUGCGACACCGUGCGCGAGCGCGUGGCGGGAGGCGUAAAAUAUCAUGCGCGUUCACACUGUGACCCAGACACGAUGUUUCACGCCGCGAGUUGGACGUUCACGCUACUUGUUCUCACCAGCGCGCGUGUGUACGAGCGUUGCGAACUCGCCCGCGAAUUACUUACACUGGGUAUCGAGCGCGACCAUAUCUCCACUUGGGUUUGCAUCGCGUACCAUGAAUCCCGGCUGGACACUGCCUCACAAAACUAUCAAAGCGGUGACCACGGUAUAUUCCAAAUAAGUGAGCUGUACUGGUGUGGUCCUGGUAAAGUGUGCGGCCUAUCCUGCAGCGAUCUCCGUGAUGAAGACAUAGCGGACGACGUGCAGUGCGCACUCCAAGUCCACGAGGAACAUACUCGACUUCAAGGCGAUGGCUUCUUGGCUUGGGUGGUUUACUCACAGAACUGUAAACAUAAUACUAAAAAGUAUAUUAUAGACUGCGAUCAACAAAUGAAAAACGUUGAAGUGAAAACCACGAGCAGAUCGCGCAAAAUAAAUUUAUAUAAUGCCACUGCAUUCGUGCACAACCCCAAUAUUGAUAAUUUGAAACCGCCAUAUUUAGCUAUUAAUUCAAUUUUAAGAGGACAAUUCAACAAAGUGUUUCAGGAAGCUAACCGGAAAAUUGUACGAAAUAAUUGGUUGAAUUACAAAGUAGACAACAUUGAUGAUUUAAAUCUUCCUAUAUUUAAUCUUAAUAAAAACAAUCAAGAAAAGCAUGUUGUAACUACUCCUAGCCACAUAACAAGCGCAGACAAUUCAACAACUUCAGAGAAACCAUGGAAUAGAAAAUAUAUAGAAACUAAACAAUUCCGUAAAAGGAUUUUUCACGAUGACAAACCGAAGCCUAUAGGAAAUAUUUACAAUGAAAUCUCAAAAUCUUCCCCGAGUUACAUCAAUGACAUCACCUCAAUAUCUAGUAGGGCAGGAUUAUCAGAUAUUGUUUCUACCACCACAAUAAUGCCCGUAAUUGUGACCGCCACAAGAACAUCGCCAUUAAUUACCACGAGUGAGCCUUCACGUACGAUAGCAACCACUAAUAAACCUACAACGUUAACUACAAAACAAGAACCAUCUACUACAGUUUCACCUAUAUUUAAUAUGAAGCCCACCGUUACAUCAAGACCUUUAAUCCACUAUGGAUUCUCAAGAUCUAUCAUUUCAAGUCCAGUGACAAGAACAACAAUUCAAAAACUUAAAACAGAUACAACCACAACAAAACCGACUAAUGUUUUUAAACCAUCUCUCUUAACAUCUUUAAACCUAACAACGUUUAAGAAAUUAGCUUCGAACACAACCCUGCAGAACAAAGAGAAAGAUAGAGAUUCUAGAUCAUUCAAUAAUUUUAAAUUCACAACAAAGUCGCUUACAUCGGUUACAACAAAAAAACCUGUUACGAGUCGAAAUGUAACAGAACAUGCACAUCACAGGAAAGGAACGACGCAGCAUCCUUUAUCUACAAAAGCUACACAAUCGAUAUUCGAUCUAUAUUUAAAUCCGACAAAGUCUCCACAAUUACGCACUUACAAGUUUCCACAGUUCAACAACAGUGCAUUCAAGUUAAAAAUAUUUUCCGACGGUACUACAACGCCAGGUCCAAAAUUUAAUAAGGCAACAAGCGGAGUUUCGUCAAACGCACGUAAUUACGUCAGGCGACAAACGUAGCUUACAAAAUUAGUAAUGUUAUUUAAAUUACUAAUUUUAUAUUGAUACAAAGCUGCACAUGUUUUUGCAAACAGAAAAAUAUAAAUGAAGGGGCCGUGGACAAUUCGAGAACCAAUUUUAUUCCUAAUAAUUCUACUGAAAUGAAUAUUGGAAUAAAUUUUAAUAUUAAUUUAUCUAAGAAGACAGGUUAUCGGCUUCGUUAAUCGUUCUCGAUUAGGUACUUUUUUUAAGUAAAAAAUAUGCAUUUAAUGUAUUAAUGAAUUCCUAAUAUUAUUUAAUAUAACUAUUAAACGCAGUUUUU